GUUCCAGCGGGCACAGAAUGUGGCUCUCAGCGAAGGCGGUCGAACGACGACUCUUCUCCGAAACUUCUUGAAGUCUUUCCAAACUGUGGAUUUCCUUCCCUCUGCUUCCAGAAGGUCUCAGAGUAACGCGGUUGGAUUAACACUCUCAUAAGGAUUAACUCGUUUUCUCAUUAAACGUGUCGGACUGCAGCUCGUGUCCCCAUGCCCUGCCCUGUGAGUGCUGCUUGGCCUACUGAGCCCAUAGGUACUGGUGUGUCAGUACUGGGCUGCAGCUGAAGCAGGGCUACAAAGACUGUGUGGCAGCUUCAGUGCCUGCUGUGGUGGUGGUGGAGGCGGGUCGUCAGAGGGGCCCAGAGCCCUGGAAGCAGGCGGAGGGGCCUGUCCUGUCCCAGCCACACGAAGAUGAACAAACUGAACUUUCACAACAACAAAACCAUGCAGGACCGCCGCUGUGUCUGUGUCUUUCUCCCCAAUGAUGACACACUCAAUGUCAUAGUCAAUGUGAAGGCUUUGUGCCAGGAACUGUUGGUCCAGGUGUGUGACCUCCUGAGGCUGAAGGACUGUCACCUGUUUGGACUCAGCGUCAUUCAGAAUAAUGAACACAUCUAUAUGGAGCUGGAUCAGAAACUGUCCAAAUACUGCCCGAAAGAAUGGAAGAGAGAAGCCAGCAAGGGCAUCGACCAGUUUGGCCCUCCGAUGAUCAUUCACUUCAGAGCUCAGUAUUAUGUUGAGAAUGGGAGAUUGAUCAGUGACCGGGCAGCCAGGUACUACUACUACUGGCACCUGAGGAAACAGGUGCUGCUCUCACAGUGUAUCCAAAGGGAGGAGGCCUACUUCCUCCUGGCAGCCUUCGCCCUGCAGGCCGACCUGGGCAACUUCAAACGCAACAAGCACUUUGGGAAGUACUUUGAACCUGAAGCCUACUUCCCCCCAUGGGUGAUAGCCAAGCGUGGCCGUGAAUACAUCCUGAGGCACAUCCCGAACAUGCACAAAGACCAGUUUGCUCUCACGGCUUCAGAGGCGCACCUCAAAUACAUUAAGGAGUGUGCUCAGCUUGAUGACGUUACUGUCCACUACUACAGACUCUACAAGGACAAGAAGGAGGUAGAGGCCUCUCUCACAUUGGGACUGACUUUACGUGGGAUUCAGAUAUUCCAGAACGUCGGCUCUGUGAGGCAGCUGUUGUACGACUUCCCCUGGACCAACGUGGGGAAACUGGUAUUUGUGGGGAAGAAGUUUGAAAUCCUUCCUGACGGUCUCCCCUCGGCCCGCAAGCUCAUCUACUACACCGGUUGUCCAAUGCGCUCUCGCCACCUCCUGCAGCUGCUCAGCAACAGCCACCGGCUCUACAUGAACCUGCAGCCUGUUCUCAAACAAGUCCGUCGACUUGAAGAAAACGAAGAGAAGAAGCAGUACAGGGAGUCGUACAUCAGCGACGCUCUCGAGCUGGACAUGGAGCAGCUGGACAAGCGUUCCCGGGCCAGCGGCAGCAGCGCCGGGAGCAUGUCUCAUCACAAGCGCCUGUCUCGCCACUCCACGACCAGCCACGGCAGCUCGCACACCUCCGGCAUUGAGACGGACAGCUUCAGGGCCCCCGGUCAGGCCCCGCACAGGCCCCUACGAACCUGCAGCUCAUCCACAACCAGCCACGGGAGCUCACACACCUCCGGCAUCGAGAGCAGCGGCAAGGAGCGCAUACUAGAUGAUGACGAGAUUGAGAUGCUGGUGGACGACCCCAAAGAUUACGAAGAGCUGCAUGAGAUGGCUCUGGACCAGGAGCUGUGUAUCCACAUCACUGAGGACAUGUUGACCAUGUCCCCUGAUCAAACCAACGGAUACUCAGGACUGAUAGUGAAAGACGUCAGCUCCUCCACUUCCAGCUCCUCCGAGACCGUCGUCAAGAUGAGAGGACAGAGCAUCGAGUCUCUGCCACAGACAUCUGCAUGCAGGAAACCCGAGUCUUCGACAGACCGGCACAGCCAGUCUCUUGACGACAUCCGGCUCUACCAGAAGGACUGCCUGCAGUGGGCGGAGCUCUGCCAGGACACCGCCCACAGUUACACAUUCGGCUGCGUCCAGGAGCUGAGCGACGGCGGCGGCUACCCUGGCCUGGCCGAUCAGCGCGCCGGCAUUCUCGGCGAGCAGCACCCCUUCCCCAUCAAGAGAACCAACAAAUACUUCUCCCUGGACCUGACCAGCGACGAGGUCCCAGAGUUUGUGGUGUGACGGAGAAGGAAGCAAGGUGAUCUCAGGGUGACCUUUUCACUCCUCCCUGUCAGAUGUGGAGAUGCUUCAGGCCUCAGGGAACGAGACAAGAGAGGAGAGACGGAGAGGUGGUUUCUAUUCUUGGCAGCGAACGGAAGAGAUGAGUCAACUGGCAAUAAGUCGGCCGUGUCCUCAGUUAUCGCUUGAGACGUAUAACACAUUAUAAACUAACAAAUAUGGAGGACUCCGGCUGAAAACGGGAAUUUUAAGAAAGAACAAUGGGCUCAAGAGAACCUGUGUCUUUAAAAUAUAACCCAAGCUGCUUCCCCUGUGUGAAAGGAAACAAAAGGGAUCGAUUCAUCUUCUUUAAAAAAACAAACAGAAAAUUGUUAUUCAAAUCUGUCUCCUCCAAACUGCUUAUAAGAUCCUCACGUCGUGUUUGCCUGCUUCAGUAAGUCAUAAAAAGACAGUGCGUGCAUGCAGGUAGGCUUACAGCAGACACAGACUCAUGCACAGACAUGUGACGAGCACAUCAAAGAUUUUCUGUGGAGGACACCAAGGACAAAAUCGCUCUGAGCUAUGAACCAAAGACAAGAAAUGACAUGUAUUUUCUACGUCCACUUUAUUCUCGCAGUGUGCAGCCGUGACAAAAACAUUUCAGAGUCGUGGUGGGAGGGAAGAUGGACCCAUAAUCCUUAGAGCGAGAGCAGCCAUGGCUCCUUGUUAUUGUUAUGCCACUUCAUUUUACCUCAACAGGAAGUGCAGUGUGCCAACCCCCCCCCCACCCCCCCAAAACUGGAUACUUAAUCAUGUGAAGACACACCCGACGUGCCUUCAUCGCUCUAUGCAGGUGUCAAACGCUCGCCUUGACAAUCACACACCCUCACCUUAGUCAUAUUUUUUUAAAGAGCCAAGCCAUCAGAAUUCAAAGCUCUUCUUUAUUUAAAAAUGUCGAACACACACUUCAUCAGCAGAUCAGGCCAGUUUUUCAGCAUCUCAAAUAACAAAGGAUCCUGAUUUCAAACUGUUUCGUGUCCUGUGAAAUCCGACCGAGUUUCCUGGUAGGAAUGAGGUCGACUCAGUCCCUACAUGUCCUGACUCGCGUUGAGUUUGUGGCCACAAAAGCUCCCCAGUAAUCUAGACUCCCAAAAUGGAGCCCGGGCUGGCUGUCGGCCAGAGCAUACGUACAUUUCUUCCUUUGAUUCUUCCUUCUUCUCAUCUGUCCUCUGUUUCGUUUCAUUUUAAACUGGAAUUUUGUUACACUUUUUAUUUCUCAUCCUCUCGUUUUACCUGAAAUCUCUUUACAUGUUGUAUUUUUGUAUGAAUUGUCCAGACUUGUGUAUGUUGAGCAGUUAUUUUGCGUGUGGUUGAUGUCGUUCAGUAUUACCAUCAGAUGUAUGUGACAGUAUUAAGGACGUGUGAGGUUUGUGGCUCCAAACAAGAAAGACUGGUUUCAUCAUUUUUUUGAAUCCCAUGGUAAGAUUCAGGGGAACUGUAGUCUGUAGCUGCCGACAGGAUGUGUGACGAAAUUUCAUCUUAAAUUUCAAAAAAACUACAACAGGUGUGAGUGAGGACAGGGGGCUGCUGCAGGUUAAAACAACAAACAAGAUGUUUUUAUUCACAAAUCAUGCAGCUCAGACUCAAAAGUGCCACAGUUACAGCUUUAAAAUGUUUUUGUCUGAUUUAAACCAGUGUCACUGCUUUUUUUUUAAAGAUACAGCCAUAAUGGUUUUAAGCUCUAUGUGGUGAAAACACUAAGAUUUUUUUAAACACUGUUUUGCUCAUGUUUGAAUGUGGUGGAAAACGGUGCACCAUAACAUUUUGAUUUGAAAAUGAAUUUAAGAUUAUUACGUUUCAUAUACAGCUGUCAAAGUGGCUGAAAUGAUCCUUUAAAUUGUUGAAAAACACUAUUUGAAAAAGACCAGAUUCUGCUGAUAUUAGAGGAACAGAUCGACAUUGUGGGAAAUAUGCUGAGUUUAUUUCUUGCCGAGGGUUAGAUGCGACACGAUUGAUACCUCUCUUGUGUCUGUAUGCUAAAUAUGAAGCUACAGCCUGAAGACGGUUAGCUUAGCUUAGCACAAAGACUGGAAACCCGGGGAAACAGUUAGCCUGGCUCUGUACAAACAAACUCCAGAACCUCUAUAGGUUACUAAUUAUAACAUCACCCGCAGAUGGGAUGUUAUGGGUUUAAAAUGUCAUUCAGCAAAGAAAAACAACAAAUGAGGUGAUAAAUGUACGGUCAGACUUCGGCUACUUUUAUCAACGUGCCAAUUAUGUAGCUGAGCCGAACCUGUAUGAUGUGUGAUUUUGUCUGUGUGCAGCCCAAAAGCUGUUAGCACAUGCUCAUACACUGACACAAGACGUAAUUAAUAUGUGUCUGAGUCAUCCCGAGUCAGCAAUACAGCAUCUGAACAAGGUUUUCUUUUUUUUUUAAAGAAGAAAAUACAUAUAUGUAUUACAUAACACAUACAUGAAUUUGAUACUGCUAUGUAAUUAAAAACAACUAUAUUUCUUACAGUUUGUUUAUUUCACUGUUUCAAACUUAUAAUAAUUUCUACUCAUUAAUGGUAAAUGUCUUAAGUCAUAUUUUGAUGGACAAUGAUGUUUGUGUUGAGGUACAUAGCCAUACAGUCAUAACCCAUGUCCUUAAAGCCUUCAUAAUCUGUUCUAACUUCUUUCUCUGACUUCAAUAUAUGGUCAUACUUACACUUUGUAAGAGUCUGUAUGUCUGUCUCCAUAAUCCUUUCUGUGAAAGGAUCUCCCUUCAGCAAAAAAAGAAAGAUUUUUUUUUUGUCAUCCUGUAGUUAAAAACAAAAACAAUUUGUUAUUAUGAAGUUUGGUCCGUGCCUUCUUGGUACUAACGCCCUCAAUAUCCAAUAAAAAGGUACAUUUAUCUACCAAA